GUCUCAUCCAGUGAAGAGCUCACUGCGCAUGCGCACACAGACAUCAACCCGGAAGUGAAGCUGGUAAACAAGCGACCACGACGCGGCUCCGGAGACUUCUCCCGUUUCUAAUCUCCAAACUGCCGCCAACAUGUCUAAGAUCGAGCUGCUGCGGCUGCUCAUCAACCAGCGGCUCACCGCGGCGGCUGAGGAGAUCUUCGGGGUGUUCGGGAGGACCAUAGCGGAGUACGAGGAGGAGAUCUGCCGCUCCAAGCUGGAGAUAGACCGCCAGCGCCGGCUGCUGGAGCUCCGCAGGAAGCCGCAGGUCUCUCUGCGGGUCAGCCGCUCAGCUUUCUGUGAGCAUCAGGAGUGGAGCUCCAGUCUGAGCGAGAUAGAGCCUCCUCCCAUCAAAGAGGAGGAGGAGGAGGAGGAGGAAGAGGAGGAGGAGGUGCUGUGGCCGGCUCAGCAUGAGGAGGCAUCUCAGACGUCGGAGCAGAACGACGUCAAGUUCGUGUUGUUCCAGAGCGGUGGCGUGAGAAACGAGCAGGACGACGACCACAUGACCUCCUCGCUCUCAAAGCUCGAGGACCUGGAAGACUCGGAGUUGGACCCCCAGCCGGGCACCUCGGUCCAGCAGACCUGCCCGGACCUCGACGAGGACGCCCCCGAAGCUUCAGAUCUAGUUUCAGGUAACGGCCAGCUCGACUGUGUCGACCUGGACGCGCCGCUUUCCGAGGUGGUGGACUCGUACAUUUGCACCAUCUGCGGCCGCGCGUUCGCUCAGCGAUGCCACUGGGCCAAACACGUGCAGGUGCACCGCAAAAUCGAGACCAAAGUCGACAAGUCGUACACGUGUGACAUUUGCGGGAAGAAGCUCACGCGGUUUGACGGUUAUCAGAAACACUUGAGGAUUCACACGGGUGAAAAGCCGUACUGCUGUGACGAGUGCGGCCGCAGAUUCAGCGACAACUCGAAUUACAAACGACACAUUCGCACACACAUGGGACAGAAAACGCAGCAGAGCUGAGGCUGCGGGACUUAAAUGAUGUGUGAGCGAGCAGGAUGGACCGAGGUCGGUCUUAAAACGUUUUUAAUUAGAGCGCGGGUCCAUCAUUAUUAUUAUUAUUAUAAACAUUGCAAAGUAAAACCCAGAACAAAUUAUUUGACCACAGUCCGUGUUCAGGUUUUAAAAGGUUUUCAGGUUUUAUUUUUAGUUUGUCAAAGCGGACAAACUAAAACUAGUUUAUUGAAACUCGAUCAGAGUCGGAGGAGAAGGAACCGACCAACACGGUCAAACAUCAUUUUGUUCUGCUGCUAUGGAACAAGAGGACGAAUAUCAGGAUUUUAUGGCAUUUUUUCUUGCGUCAACAUUUCAUUGUGGAUCGAUAAAUGGACGGGACUUUUCAUAUUUAUCCACGUUGGUGUGAACACGGAUCAAGACAAAGAAGAGGAGACAUUUAUUAUAUUUUUAUAUAUUUCUAACAGACAUUUAUACACUGGAGGAAACAGUGAUUUUACACGUUCAUCAAACAUAUCUCACAGUCACAGGUGAUGUUUGCUGUCAGUUUAGACUUUCUGAUAUUUGACUUGUUCAUGAUGGAAGUCUAUUUUAUUUUUAUCUUAAUGGUAGCGAGGCGAAAAAAAAUUAUCCAGCAUUCAGUCCUGUUUUUGAUUAAGUCGGAACUACAUGGAGACAUGAAAGCCUGGUUUGUAUUUGGGAUGCCAGGAACAUUUUGAUCCCAGUUCAGGGACUCGUCAACUCAAAUAAACAUGGCUGCCAGUCAACAGGAAGUCAGUGAUGCUUUAACAAGACUGUACGACUUUUACUGAAGUAAUAAAACCACAUGAUUGAAAACU